AUGAAUUGGACUGAGAUCAAUAAAACAGUUGUUUUCUUUGAACCCCCGUCAGUUUUACCUCAACAAUCUUUCCAUAAAACAGAUUGUGUUCAUUUCAAAGUUUUUGGGGAUGUUACAGAAAUUUCUGAUGAGUGCUUUUAUCAAUAUAAAUGCCUUGAGACCCUUGAAUUACCAGAUUCCAUCCUGAAGAUUGGAAAUUCAAUUAUUGCCGAAACAAAGAUUAAAACAAUUCAUAUCCCAUUAAACUGCAAAGACUUACAUGGCUUUGGUUCAUUUGAUUGGACAUAUUCCCUUGAAGAAUUUACAAUUAGCCCUGAAUCGCGAUAUUUUAGCGUAUUUGAUGGAGUAUUAUAUAACAAAUUAAUGACAAAGUUGAUUUGUUAUCCUAGUGCUCGUAAAGCUCAUAUUUAUACAGUUCCAUAUGGUGUUAAAACAUUUAUGGCUUCUUCAACUAAUUGCAUCUCGUUUUUAAAGCAGAUGAUAAUUCCUCAGACCACAUCUGAUGUAUUUCAUCUUCUUUAUAAUUGUACAGUCCCUGAUAUUAAAGUAAUUAUUUAUAGAUUUCCUGGAGCCAGUGCAAGUGAUCUUAUUAUAGGAAAUUUCUCGUUCAAUAGUAUGAGUAAUUAUGGGAGAGAUAAUCUUACCUUCAUAACAUCUGAAUAUUAUUCAGAGUAUUACGAAAUCAAUUCUAGUGUUCGAUUGUUCGGAUUAAAUGGAAAGAAGAACAUUCGCUACACAGACACAUUCUUCUCUCUUCUCACUACCAUCAAAACAGUUGAUGUUUCUCCUAGUUUUGUUUCGGUUUUGACGACAGGAUUCUCAAACUCUCCAAAUGCUGUUAUCAACAUUGAGAGAUUGAGUUCAUUACGUGCAAAUAAUUGUUUUCGAUCCUCUUUCGUAUCAUUAUUAGUUUUCAUCAGUUUAAUAAAGUAA